GAUAGGUUGAGGUGGCGCCUUACACAACACGAAUAAGUGAAGAGUAUUGCGUACCUUUAUCUCGAGUCUCACAAGGCCAUCGUCGACGUCGUUUCUUCUCUUCUGUUCUUUUCUUUCCAUGAAUAACAGACAAAUGUCACACAACGUGAACAACAAACUGGAGGAGGAACUGUGAAGCGAUCUCGGCUCCCACGGAUGAUGACCACCUAAAGGAAAUCACGGUGCACGAGAGUCGGACCCUGAACAGCGAUCGAUCUUGCGACAGGCCAGUCGACUCUCCACAGCUCACGCAGCCGGUCCACCAGAAAUCCACAACUCGCUGGUCCCUGGAAAUCGAACUGGGCCCUUCCGUUUGCUCUUCCCCCGUGAAUCACCAUCUUCAGAGAACCAACCCCGGUCCUGCCGGGUGCAAUACCUGGUCUCCCCCGUCAAAAUCCCAUUUAUUUUCCAGCCUCGACCUUAAAGGGACCAGGGAUACAACUGGACGACAUCCCGAGAUCCGACCACAUCAUCAGCCGACCCCUUUUCCUUUUUUAUUUUUUGUUUUUGUUUUUGUUUUUUUGGACAGACGUACAAAAGCCGCCCUUUGUCUCGAGCGCCGCCGCACCACUGUCCGAUCGACGCUGGACUUCUUUGACGAUUCCCGACCUCGUGCGCUCCUCAUUGUCUCAUCCGUGGACACAAACCCCCGAUCCCAUCCCCGGCUAAGCAACAAGCAUCACUCACCAUCACCUCCACAACCUCCCGGCACACGCCACCACCGGGGGAAUUGGUUGCAUCGCUCCUCUAUCAGCGCGCCGCGGCACCCACCACACCCAUAUCAAUUUACCAAAACCACCAUUAAUCCCACCAUUGCCGACGCCAUCCGCAAAGAGAGGGGGCCAACAAAAGAUAACAUUCCCCCAACCAGCAGCAGCCCGCCGUACCUCCGCGACCUCCGCAGUUGGACUCAAAAUCUCUGCACCAACAGACUGCGAUUUCGGCGCCCUCCCGGUCAAACACACAACCAUAAAAUCGCAACCGCACCGUUCGUGCCCCCUUGCGACAUACGAGCCGUCGCAGAGCUUGCAAGCUCGGUCGUAUCGUCUUGUUUCCUUUUCAUCCAAUCUCUGAAGCGACACAAUGGCAACCUCCCGAGAACGGCCCAGACGAAAGUUUACGCCCAUACCCGUCGAGACCACCUUUGAGCGCUACAGGAAAGCAAUGCCAAAUGGCGAACUUACACCUAGUCCGUCGCCGCGCUCACCAUCACCGCCACCCCGCGAGAAACGAAGGUUCGCUCCUCAGCUAGUCGAAUCCUCCGUACGAAGAUCCCGCCGCGUUGGCGACGAAGGCCCUGCCACCAAACCCACCGAUAAAACAGACAUUACUCCUUACACGAACCACAUUUAUGCGCCCAAGGCCAAGGCUAAGAGGAGGCUUGGGCAGGGAACAUCGAUAGCAUCGCCUACACCCCCUGCCCAGAGGAAAAAGGGCCAUUCCCGUCGAGAAUCGUGUGACGAUGAGAUUGCCGAUGGUUUCUUCGACCUGGUGGCCCGGGAUGCCCAGGCUCAGAAAAUGCAAGAGAUGGCCAUGAGUGCCUUCCCGAACAGUAGUGAGCGCAUAGGUGGCGCUGAACACUUUUACGUUCGCGAAGGCUCGGAGGACGACGAGAUGGCCACGAGAGGACGACCCCUGACGAGAGGUCCCUGGGCUACUUAUCUUUCGCGUCGGAACUCGUCCGAGGAAGACAUCAGUUGGGCCUUCAAAGAGAUGCAGGAACAUGCCGAGAUGUUGGAGAAUGAGGCCAAACGUGAUUUUGAGCCAGAAAGAGUCUCGACUCUCGAGUUGGACAAUAUGAGCUUUGACGAGCCACUCAACGAUGUGAUGAACCUGACAUCUGCUCCUAGGUCACCUCUCACCGGUUCCCCUCUCUGGGCAUCACGACCAUCACCUGCCAACCGGGGCCCGAUUGGUGAAUCUCACAUGCCACUGAUACGGUCUGAGUCACCUCUACCUGUCAUUGGUGAAUCCGCCAUGCCGUACAUCCCACCCGAAUCGCCCCCUCGUCGCCCAAUAGGCGAGAGUUUCAUGCCAUACAUACCGUCGGCGCCUUUGGGGAAGGCUGCAGAUAUGCCUUAUGCCUCCCCAGCUCAGAUACCCCCAGACACUGCGUUUGGAAGCCAUGGAUAUGCCUUCCAGCCGUAUGCCGAGCCCGAGCGAGACAUGUCGUUGGAACGUGCUAGGAAUCAGCACCGACAACGGGUGAAGGCUUCACCUCCGAUGCUCGGCCAGGACUUGGUAUUCAGGAUGUGCCAGUCCCCCAAACACACCAAGCUGGAACCAGACCAUUUAUGGGAUCUGGAGAAGGAAACAACAAAAGAGGAUGAGAACCGGGACCCCAGUGAGCAGCGGGGUCUCUGGCGUGGAUACUGCUUUGCUCAUGACAAGGACGAGCAUAUCAUCCCGGCUGAGCGACCACAGUAUCUUAGCACCCCUUAUCCUUCACAUUCACCUCGUGACCCCUUCGCGCAAGCCUUUGGGCAGUCGACACCACCCGAGUUAAGCGCAGAAGGAACCCCGUCUGAUGGUUUUACGAAGAACACAUCUUUACAAAUUCCCCCCUGGUCACACCCUGAGCAUCGCACCAAGAACAACGAGCGCAAGGGCCUCCACAUGCUUCCUUUGCAAGGUCUUGAAGAGAGACUAAAGAAAGAGAAGGCGGCUGCCGAUCUGGAAGAGAAGAUUGCCGCAGAGUUUGACGACCAUUUUGUCACACAAGUGUACAACUACCUUUCACUUGGGUAUCCCGCAUUAGCAAGACAAUACGACGAGGAACUUGGCAAGAUCAGUCGGAUUCCCGUCGAAGAACUAGGGCGCGACGACUACGCGAUUAUGGAGAAUCUCUGGGGUGGCGAUGACAGGAAGACCAAUGGGGAUGCUAAAGUCACUCCCGGCGGUACCGCCAAGGCUACCGGCCACAUUAUGCUGGAUAGCGAAGAGAAGGACGAUACUCCCGAGGAGAAUAGGUGCCCCCGGUGGAAGGCGCUCAAAAAGUACAUUUAUGAGUGGGCGAGGCAGCACCCCGACCUGGAUGCCAUCAGUCCGCUGGCUUGGGGCGUGCGAGAAAGAAGAGGUAGUUGGGGACUGUAAGGUCUUCUGGCUAUUGCCUCUACUGUUUUGGUUUGCGUCAUGGCUUUUCGUUCCUCUGUUGGACGAGUCGAACGUUCAAGAUGGAAAAGAUGACGUGCGGAGUGGAGACUCGAUGUGUGCCUACACUAGCGGUACAUCACCACGACGAUCACUUUUCUUGGGUUGCAUUUUUUAGCGUCGCGAUCAAAGCUUAUUUUGUCAUUGUUCCAGGGCGUCCUUUAUUAAUUCUUGCUUGGUAUGGUAUUCGACGGGACAACAUUCCCUAUUGUUAGCGGCAACAUGAAUUACUGUUCCGACACAAAAGCAUGUGCACGACGGGCACAACAUUAACCGCCUUUGACUGUUAUUUUUGAUGAGUACGACUUAUGACUAGUAUCCCUUCCUGUGGGCCGCAGUUUGUUUUGAGUGGGAAUGGUAAUGGGACAACAAACGAAAGUAGACUGUAUAUGAUGGCCAUGACGUACUGGGAUGAGUUGUUCUUUUGUGUGCUUUGAGCAUGGAGUCUGGCUCCGUUGUCGAUUCAAGCGAUUCGUCUUACUGAACUUGACGAUGCCCGAGGACGAUAGAAAUAGUACACAAAACGAAGCAAAGCAACACAUGGGGAGCUUCUAGGCUAACACCACAGAUAAAGUCGGAGGGGGAAGUAACGGGUCAAUAACAAGGGAUUGUGAACCAAUAUUCCUUAUUCGAAGAAUUACGACACUAGUACAAUAAACUUAACAUGGACCAG